UAUCUAUAUCUACAUUAACCCCCCCUGCGACUUGGGAGGCUUAAAUUGCUCUGAAACUCUCACCCCGAAAUGAGUUCUGAAAAUUAACCAAAAUGGCCACCAUCUUCUACUACUACUUGUUCACUCUUUUGUCUUCAUCGUUUUCAUUGGUUACUGCAAAAUCCACCGACCCAGUUCCCGCACCAUGGCCGGAACAGUUCCAUUCCGUUCUCUUCAUGAACAACAGCAAAGGUGCCCUGCAGAAGGUGGAUUUAUGGUACGACUGGCCUAAUGGCCGGAACUUCAACAUCAUUCAGAAUCAGCUUGGAAAGCUUCUCUAUGAUUUGGAGUGGGAUAAUGGCACCUCUUACAUUUACACCUUAGAUUCCGACCAAGAAUGCAAAGUCUUACAUUUCCCCGUCGGAAUUCUGAGACCCAAUUGGCUCGACGGCGCAACCUAUCUUGGCCGGAAAACUGUGGAUGGUUUCCGAUGCAAUUUGUGGGAAAAAGUCGAUUUCAUUUGGUACUAUGAGGAUGUUUUCACCAAAAGACCCGUCUACUGGGAAUUCUUCACAGGAAUGAUUGCACAUGUGAUAACAUUUGAGGUUGGAAGUGUUCUUGAAGACCCCAAUUGGCAAGCUCCAGAAUACUGCUUCAAGAAGAAGUCUGAUGAUAUUGAACCCACACUUGAUCAAUUCUCUGAUUCAGUCACUCCUGGAGAUUUGAUGAGAGGAUUUAAUUUCAUUCGUGCUUGAAUGCCUUUUGUUCUUGAAUGUCAGAAGGAGACUCUGGAUUUGGAUAAUCUCUUACAAUGUACACUACAGUACUUUCUUAUGCAUUGGUGUAGUAGUACGAGUAUUAUUUAUAAUCCAUUGAUGCAAAACCGUACCUUUUUCAUAAAUUCACUCUAAUCAACUAAGUACAUUUUAAUCGAACAACCUAGCAUCGUUUUAAAACAAGUAUUUUAAUCGGUCGUUGCAUCCCUAUUUUUGAUUUGAUCUUCGAAAUAUAGUUAAACUGGUUAAAUACUUUUACUAUUUGAAUCAGGUGUUUGUUAAUUCUACAUGAUAAAUUUUAAAACUCGAUAAUCUUUAUAAACAGAGAAGGGGUACUAUUAUUUUGUUUCUUUGCUACUCUCUCUAUCCCA